AUGGAACGCAUUCAGCUUUUUGGCGGCACCCUCGUAUUGUUCUUAAUUACACACGUAGUCAGUUGUGCUGGCAUUCAAUUAAAUUUGUCUGACUACACUGUGGUGAACUUCUUGCAGGAUGUGCGACGUUUCCACAACUAUGACCAGAUGGUAUUCGCACGUAAUCGCAAUAUAACUGCCUUCGCAGCAUUCAGAACAUCCACGAAAGGAGAUUUAGGAAGUAGGAAUCAAGCAAAGAGAGCUUCUAACAGCUUCAGACUGGACGUGGAUUAUGAGACGCAAUUUGUGCAAAACUUAAUGACAGAUCUGGUAGUCCCAGUUAUUCUCUUCAACGAAUUGAGCACUUUUGGGUUGAGGCAGCACUUCAGCGACACCCUGAUGGUGGUAGUAUACUUGGAGGAGACGCUCGCAUCACAGACUGGAUUGCUCAACGCCCUGGUGGCCAGUUUGGAUCAUCGCAGACAAUCGAAGGUGUUAUUUCUAAUAAACAACAAAGACACAACGGCGACUUGUGAUGACACUUUUCUACAGCAGCUUUUUCAAUUUUGUUGGCAAAGCAAAAUGAUUAAUGUGGCAGCGCUCUGCAGCGAUUAUAAGCUCACAGCUCAAUUCUACAGCUACACACAUUUUCCUGUAUUCGCGCUUGAGUAUAAAACUUUAAACGCCGAUAUGUUGUACCAAGGUCCCAUCUACCCCUAUCGCCUGGAUAACUUACACGGCUACAAACUGCCCUAUAUAAUAGGCGGCUCCGAGCCACGCAUUAUUGUAUAUAAUUAUAAUGGUCAGAGAAUAGUGGGCGGUUCUGCUGGUAACUUCUUCAAGAAUUUCGCGCGUAAGCAUAACUUUUCGCUCUACGAGCCAUUAGCUACCUCCUCAUACACCGAACUCAUAUCGGCACGAGAUCUGAUUGCUGCCGUACGUAACAAUACUGUGGAGAUUUCGGCAGCGCCCACCUAUACGUUCUCACCUGAUCAUUUUUCCUCCGAUGGUUUCACUUAUCCUUACGAGCAGACAAACUGGUGCGCUUGGGCGCCGGUAGAGCCAGAUAUACCGAAUUCUGAAUUCUUUUGGAUCGCCUUCGAUGGACUCAUCUUCAUACUGAUGAUGGUGACACUCGUCGUUAUUUCCUCAGUGCUAAGUUGUGCACUCUGGCGGCAUGGCAAUAAACCGGAUAUUUUGCAUUUCUUUCUACAUGGCGCUUGUUUUCGCGGUGUACUGGGUCAGUCUGUUCGAGAGAUAUGUGGCGCGCCCUUCCUUAUACGUUUCAUUUAUCUACAAAUUUAUUUUUUCGGUAUUCUGCUAACCACCUCGUAUAAUUCACAUUUUGGCUCUUAUUGGACAAGAGCUCCGAAAGAGCGAUCCCUCAACACAUUCGACGACAUUCUCCACUCAAACUGGAAAGUUUAUAUUCUUAAGCAAGACUUCAAUGAUAUCAUUUCGCAAGAAGAGUUGAGAAAAUAUAUUCCUAUGUUUCAGAUAGAAACCGAUUAUCAAACAUUCCUAAAUACUCGUGAUGCCUUCGACACGAAAUAUAUUUACAUGAUACCUACCACUAAAGGGGGAAUCUUCAAGGAACAACAGAAAUUUUUCACCACUCCUCUUUUUCGUAUGCGCCUCGAUUUGUGCUUAUUCCGUAACAUUCUGCUAUGUUUUCCAAUACAAAAUAAUUCGAUAUUUACGGAAAUUGUACAUGAAAUGAUUUUAGAAACUGCGCAAUCGGGUCUAACGGAGUAUUGGACUCAGUCAGCGUUUCUGGAAUUGAUCAAUGCAGGACGUUUGAGUUUCAUGGACUUAAGCCGAAAGAAUGAGUUCAGAGCAAUGAAAGUGGAGGACCUAAAAAGCAUUUGGUUGGGAUAUGGUAUAAUGUGCGUGGUAACAAUUUUGGUUUUCAUGGUCGAGCAGUGCUACUUCCGACGCAGGCAGAUACAAAGCUUUUAUAAAAUAAAACCAAAUACAUCACAUCUCAGUAAGUAA